CAAACAAAAAACCAUAGUUUCUUCAAAUUUCUUUCUUCUGUAUUCCUUCUAACAGAUUCAAACAUGGCUGAUCUUUCCAUCAAGGGCUUUCGCCUUCUCAGGCGAUCUUAUGCAGGACUCGCAGCGGAGGAUGUGAAUGUGAAAGUGCAAGCUGCAGCGUCGGUAAUUUCCAAGGCGACAGAUCUAAAGGCGACAGUUUCAGCAGGGAAGAAGGAAGUAUUCUGGAUGCAAGAUCCAAAUACGGGCAACUAUAUUCCUGAGAGUCAUUUUGGAGUGAUUGAUGUUGUGGAGCUGAGGGAGAAGAAGCUUUCAAGGAAAUAUAAUCCUUAGAAUUUAGAAUGCUGAAGCACUUUGGAAUUUUACACCCAGACUUCUGUUUCUAUCAACUUGUUAAGCCUGCAGCUUCACUCCUGGACCACAGUUUUCAGCUUUUGCUUGCUUUAGGAAUAAGUAAAUGAUAUGAUUUAUA